CACCUCGCUCAGCCCGCGCCGCGAGCAGCACCGCACCCGCGGGUCGCGCCGGGCGGCGGCGGCCGGGCUGAGCGGCAGCCCCGCGUCCGCCUCUGCCGCCAGCGGCGGCAACAACGGCGGGGCCGGGCCGGCCGCCAUUUCCCGCCUCCGCCGCAAGGAAAAUGCCGGCCCGGAAGCAGAACCUGGGGCUUGCCCUCCCCUUCCCCUCAUCCCCGGGCGCGGCAUGGCGGCGGGGCCGGUGGACUGCCACUGCCACCUCGCCGCGCCCUGCUUCCAGGCGGACGUGGCGGCCGUGGUGCGGGCGGCGGAGCAGGUUCCCUGGGUUUGUUCUGCCCUGCCUGGGAGUUCACCCGGUUCAAGAGGUUUCGCCAGAGGAGCAGCGCAGUGUUACUUUGAAGGAUCUGGAUGCUGCAUUACCACUUAUAGAGCUCUACAAAGAAAAAUUGGUGGGAAUCGGAGAAGUUGGACUAGAUUUCACUCCCAGAUUUGCCAGCACGGAUGAACAGAAGGAAGGACAAAGACAGGUCUUGAUCAAACAGAUAGAGUUGGCAAGAAGACUGGAUUUGCCUUUAAAUGUUCACUCCCGCUCAGCUGGAAGACCAACCAUUAAUCUCUUAAAGGAACAAGGUGCUACGAAGGUGUUGCUCCAUGCGUUUGAUGGGAAGCCGUCUGUAGCAAUGGACGGGGUGAAAGCUGGAUACUUCUUCUCCAUUCCUCCUUCCAUUAUAAGGAGUGAACAGAAGCAGAAACUUGUGAAGCUGUUACCUCUGGAAAGUAUGUGCUUGGAAACUGACUCUCCUGCUCUGGGGCCUGAAAAACAGAUGAGAAAUGAACCAAAAAAUAUUUACAUAGCUGCAGAAUAUAUUGCUAAAAUUAAAGGAAUUCCAGUUGAAGAAGUUAUAGAAGUGACUACACAGAAUGCACUGAAAGUAUUCCCCAGACUUCGGAACUUUCUUCGGAUAUAGACUUAGAAAUAUGUAAUAUUGCAGAAACUGUUAUUUGUGGUAUAAUUAAAGACCAAUGCUUAUCUUGUCUUAAA